AUGGCCUUUCUCUGGUUUUUCUUAAUCAACAUUCCUUCCAUUAUCUUGCUGUCCAACAUUUCGGCGAAAAAUCCAUUGAUUUAUCGCGCAGUUUUUUUAGACGUGCUGAAAUUGUGCGACUUCGGGCUGGCGGAGAGAUUUGUCAACCAACAGGGCGACUAUAAACUGAUGGACGCCGCCCGCGGGACGCAGCCUUAUAUGGCGCCGGAAAUGAUCAGCGGACUGUGGCGCCCUGAACCAGCCGACAUCUGGAGCUGCGGCGUUGUGCUGGCCGUCAUGCUGAUUGGUGCUCGGCCAUGGGACUCCACCCUGAGUCAGCGGUUUCUGGAAUGGAUACCGUUUAAGACCUGGCAGAGCGAACAGGGGAAACGGAUGGAAAGCGGAGCACUAUGUAAGCUUUUCCGUCAUUAUGUGCUGUCGUUGAAGGUCAAGGUUUAG